UCCUCUCUCUUUUUUUUGCCAGGGCCUCAAAGGCUUAGAAGGGCUCCCAGGACCAAAAGGCAAGCCAGGCCUACCAGGCACACCUGGCAUUCCUGGCCCCCCUGGUACUUGGCUGAAUGUGUCACGGGAAGAACUGAAGCACCUGGUUUACUCUGCAAGCAAGCUGAACUACAGCAUGGUGUGGAUGCUAAUGGAUAGUCUAAGCCGGGAACUGAAGCUCUUGGUGGAUCCCCCGAACGGCACCAAAGACUACCCCGCUGCCUCUUGCAAGGAACUUCUGCUGGCUCAGCCUGACCUGCCCGAUGGCUAUUAUUACAUAGACCCCAACCAAGGCAGUUCCCAAGACUCUCUGUUGGCAUUCUGUAACUUCACUGCCAGGGGAGAGACCUGUAUUUCCCCUGUGCAAAAUCAGGUGCCCAUCAAGGCUUGGCUGAAAGCAUACACUUCAGAAGAUACCUUCCAGUGGCUCAGUUCCCUGCCUGGCGGCUUCCUGCUGGAGUACCAGGGCUUGAGCACUGUGCAGCUCCGUUUCCUGAAGCUCCACAGCAGCCUGGCCACCCAGAAGGUGUCUUAUUCCUGCAGACCUCAUCCUGAUGGGUCCAGACCACAGCUUGAAAAGGAAAUCAAGUUCCUUGCUGACUCCAGGGAACAGAGCUACAUGGCUACACUGCAGGGAUGCAUGCUGGACAAUGAAUCCUCCAUUACAGACACCAUAUUCCGUUUCUCAACCGAGGAUCUCGGCCUUUUGCCUCUGCGUGAUCUCGCUGUCUUUCACAACGGUGACGCCUCCCAUCAGUUCGGGUUCACAGUCGGCCCUGUUUGCUUCAGCUAGGAUUGUUUGUAUCCUGAUCU